AUGCUUGAUGUUUUGCUAGCUGAGAGAAGAGUGGAUGAAGCGCUAGAUGCACUAGAUGAAGCGGAGCGAGUUACUGCAGACCGGACACAAACACUAACUACAGCUGAAAUUUCGGCAUUGAGAAGUGCCGUCUCUGAUAAUCGUCAAAAGCUGGCAGACCAGCUUGCUGAAGGUGCUUGUCAGUCUUCUACUCGUGCCAUUGAGCUUCAUGCUGCCGCUUCUGCUCUCAAAAGGCUUGGUGAUGGCCCUCGAGCUCACAGUCUGUUAAUCAGUGCACAUAUUCAAAGGCUUCAAUGUAAUUUGCAAACUAAACAUCCGUCAAGCACUUCAUAUGGUGGGGCAUACACUGCUGCACUUGCUCAACAAGUUUUUUCAGUUGUAGCUCAGGCGCUCAGUGAUUCUGUGGAAGUUUUUGGUGAUGAGUCAUGUUAUGCAUCUGAGCUGGUUACAUGGGCUACCCAGCAGGUCUUGUCCUUUGCACUCCUGGUAAAGAGGCAUGUGUUGUCUUCUUGUGCAGCCGCUGGAGGCUUGAGAGCAGCUGCAGGAUGUGUUCAAAUAUCAUUUGGCCAUUGUUCCUUGCUGGAAGCUCGUGGUCUAUCUGUUUCUGCUGUCCUCCUGAAGCAGUUCAAGCCCAGUCUUGAGCAAGCAUUAGAUGCUAACUUGAGGAGAAUCGAAAAGAGUACUGCUGCACUUGGUGCAGCUGAUAACUGGACACUCACUUAUCCCCCAAAUGGUAUUCGCCCAUUAGCUAGAUCUUCUGUUGCUAAUUUGGCACUUCAACCAAAACUCUCAAGCAGUGCACAUCGUUUCAAUUCUAUGGUUCAGGUAACGAUUGAUCCAUUUUGA